UUAAGAACAGUUUCAGGUUAAGUAUGGACCUCUGGAACGAAUUAAGUUCUUAACCUGAGGUACCACUGUAUACAUAAAUCAAAUUGCCAAGAAAUCUAGAAUAGAUGUAUAUUAUAUAAAGGAAAUAAGAAGAGAGAGGGGAAAAGAAGAAAAGGAAAAUGCAGAACGAUGAAACCAAAAAAUUAAUGUAACUAAAACUAACUGUCAAACAAAAAGCGUUAUUUGAUUAAUUCAAACUGGUACCAGGGAGAAAUCUUGGGUGGAUCAAAGAUCAGAGUUACCUGGGUUACCCAAAAAUGCUCCCCCCUCCCCAUGUAUUCUGUUCUGGUCUCUUCAGAGGAUUGGUGGGCUCUCAGGUGUUGUUGGACCCCAGCGCUCAUCAGCCCCAGCUAUCAGGGACAAUGGUCUGGGAUGCUGGCAGUUGCUUGCAGUCCAACAUUUGGAGUGCCACAAGUUUCCCAUCCCUGCAAUACACUGCUGGGCCAUGUCUAUGAGGGAUUAAUUGUGCUAGCCAUAUUGCUUUAAGCUUAUCUGUCAGUUCAGAUAAAUAUAGCGCUACCCCAAAGACAGCUGUCAGUCAGGCCCAAUGUGUGGAUGCCGGGGUGAGGGAAGUGUCUCCUGGGAGUAGCUCAUGUGACCCCCUCCAGAUGUCACUGUACUACAACUCCCACCAUCCCUGACCUUUUGCCAUGUUGGCUGGGGCUGAUGGGAGUUGGAGUCCAGCGGUAUCUGGAGAGCACCACAUUGGCCAUCUUUGGCAUCCAGUUGAGGUCCGGGACUCUGGGUGCCUUGAAGGACCUUCAUCUCCCAACUUCAUUUUAUUUCAUAAAAUCCGUACACUGCUUGUGGUGGUGUUUUUUUUAAGAAUCCUCAAAGUGGUUUGCUAAGAGAAAGAAACAAGAAAAUUGCCUUUAAAAACAACUUUUUGAAACGUUCGGAAGAUAAAAUCAGCAAUAAACUAAAAACAGAUUAAAACUCACACUUACAUUCUUCUACAUGUCUGAGUAGGCUUGUCUGAAUUAAAAUGUUUUUAGCAAGCACUUUAAAGAUUACACAGAAGGCACCUGCCUGAUGUCAAUUGGCAGGGAGUUCCAAAGUCUAUGUGCUACCGCCCUAAAAGAUCGAUUUCUUGCAAAUGUGGAAGGAGUAUUAUGUGGCAGCUGUAAUAUUGCCAGUUGCUCAGGUUGAAGUAGUUGAUUCGGCCUAUAUGGGGUAAGGUGAUCUUGUAGAUAAACUGGUCCCAAGUUGUGAUCUAAUAAUAAUAACAAUAGUAAUAAUAAUAAUAAUUUAUUUCAAAACCGCCCAACCCAGCCGAAGCUGGGCUCAGAGAGGCUAACAACAAUAAAAGUAACACAACAUUCUAAAAUCAAUUCAUUCUGAAAUCAAUUCAAAAUCUAAUUCAUGGCAACCAUUGGGCUAAAGUUCUGAGGAUUACCGAAGAAGGGGGUCAGACUGUGCCCUGGCCAAAGGCCUGGCGGAACAGCUCUGUCUUGCAGGCCCUGCGGAAAGAUGUUAAGUCCCGCAGGGCCCUAGUAUCUUGGGACAGAGCGUUCCGCCAGAUCGGGGCCACAGCCGAAAAAGCCUUGGCUCUGGUUGAGGCCAGCCUAACCUCCCUGUGGCCCAGGACCUCCAAGAUGUUUUUGUUUGAAGACCCUAAGGUCCUCUGUGGGACAUACCAGGAGAGGCGGUCCCGUAGGUACGAGGGUCCUAGGCCGUAUAGGGUUUUAAAGGUUAAAACCAGCACCUUAAACCUGAUCCUGUACUCCACCGGGAGCCAGGGAGCUAUCUAUUGCAGGUAACGUAGCAGCAGAGUCCCCUCUGGCUCAGCUAGUUGGCAGAUAGGCUGACAUCUCUCAGGGCCAGGUCCUGCUGUGGGCUUGUGUCCUGGCCUGCUAGCCGCUUUCCCCACACUGAGUUGUGCCUUUCUGCAGGGAGCCUGCGGAGAUGUAUGCCGUGUACAAGCAGGCGCACCCUCCCACUGGGCUGGAGUUUUCCAUGUACUGUAACUUCUUCUCCAACGCCGAGCGCAACUUGGUGGUGGCAGGGACCUCUCAGCUGUACGUGUACAGGCUCAACCAUGACUCUGAGGUACGGUGGACCGCCUGCUUGGGGGUGAUGUAUGCUGGAGGGAUCCAGGAGGAAGGGAACCAUGGCCUUUCACUUUUGUGGUGGGUGUGCAUCUCCUGAAAACAACAGGCCGUGGGUUUGGCAACAACAAAAGAGUUCUUUCCCACAAUGUAAAAUUGUGGAGCACCUGAAACUGAGUAUAUAACCCUGCCUCAGACAAGUGGUCUUGACAAAUGGGGAGAGGCCUGGCCCAGCAGUGUUGGAGAGCCAGGCUUAAACAGGAUGCAGCCCCCACCCAGGGACAUUAGCUGAUUGUCAGGUAGGCAUGGUUAGGAGGAAAUGGCAUAGGAACCCCCAACAGGCCAAGAUUGGCCUGUGGGCCAGAAGUUUCUCACUCUUUAGUUCAGGGCACAUCUCUGAGUUUUGCCUCCAGCUUCCCAAGGGCAUAUGCCCUGCAGAAUUUCUCCUGUUCAGUGAUAACGCUGAACUUGGAUGAGGCAACUUCCCCUUACUGGCGUCCCUGGAAACUGAUUUCUACCCCCACCCGACCCAAGCAUGGAUGUGGCCUCGCAGCCCUCGCUGAACUGCGUUAGGAUGGAAAGUGCCUGUAAGGACUGGAACUGGCCGUCCCUCUCUCCCCGCUUCCAGUCUCUCUCACAAACACAGCCUUGUCGUUAAGCACCCACCUCGUCACCUAAAGCAACAAGAAACUGCAUGCAGGCGAAUUUAUAGACUUGUGUGUGGGCUGGCAGAUGUGCGGAGCGUUCAAACCGUCCUCUGCACCAAGUCUAGAAAUGCAGCGGAGACUGCAGGGUGAGCAAUGGAGCUCCUCCCCCCUUUUUUGCAGGCUAUUAACUUUUGUGGGCCAAUUUGCAAAGCUGCACGAACCCCGCAUCCUGCCCCUCUGCUCUUCUCGUGCCAGAUGGUGGUCCUGGCAUGGGUGCCUUUUGUGCAAUUGCUUCCAGCACUCAAGUAGAUUCCCUGGAGCUCUUGUUCUUUUGAGCCGGCCUGGAAUUAACGUUCCUUUUGCAGGGAAAGAGUGAUGGUGGCCCAGCAGGGCAGAUUUGCUGACCUGCUCUUUUUUAGAAGAUAGAAGGAACUGGCUGUGGCACCCUUUGCAGCAGGGAGACCUGGAAAACCCUGGCCCUGCUCCCUAGGAUGGGUGUUUCAUCCAGAGCCAAAGAGGCCCAAAAGACAGCUGAAAUGUUAGAAAUGGGUAGCGUCAACUGGGGAGUUGGGUUGGAGAGACCUGGCACAGUCUGAGAGUCAUGGAAUGAUUUGGGUUGGUGCGGUUAUGGGGUACGUUAUGGUUCUGGGCUGCAUCCUAGGGGUGUGCAGUUCUGGGGCUGGAAGGGAAAGCAAUGCACAGGUGAUGCCCAGAUUUGCCAUUCUUUUUUCUUUCUCUCUGGAGCAUUAAUGCAGCUUUGAGGAAUGCCUUGGCACGCUGCCCCAGAGAGAAGGGAGGCGCUGGCCUCCUCAGCCAGACUGUGCAGCUGGUGCAGUGCGCCUGCAUUGAUGCUGCAGGACUGACUGUGUUCCUUUGCUUCUCUUCUAGACCUCAACCAAAAAUGACAGGAUCUCCGGUGAGUGGGGUGUGGGGAGCUGGGGCUGCAGUGUGCAGGCAUUGGGGGCAGGGGGGGGGGGAGUCUGGGCAAAGGAGCUGUGGAACCAGAAAGCCUGUAUUAAGAGGUUGCCUUGGAAGAAGGCUGCUUGAAGGAAGCUGCUUCUGCAGCCCCCAUGGGUAGCUUAGCUGGGACAGCAGCACACUGAGGGUCCAGGGUUCAAAUCACUGGGCAGGCAUGAUUUUAUACCAGUUUCGGGGAACCACAGAAGGAGGGGAAAGCAAUCUUGUGCUUGAAUUUUGCUUAUGAAUUUCCCAUAAGGGCAUCUUAUUGGCCACUGUGAGAACAGGUUGCUGCGCUAGAUGGACCACUGGCCUGAGCCAGCAGGUUGUUUUUAUAUUCUUAUAGUGGGCUCUGGUUUUCUUGCCCGGCGGGCUCUCCCAGGUGCUAUCUUGGGGCCAUAAGUGCUUGGUUGCUUCUGGUGUCAAUUCUCUGGGCCCCCAAGAAUGGUCUCUGCUGAAACGAGGAGCUACUGCUAGGCAGCCCUCCAAGUAGCCAUUGAUCCUGGACCUGCACACUUCUUAGCAAAUGCCUUCCCAGCUCAUGGGCCCUAGCUCUUAAGGGUGGAGCACACACAUGUGUCAAGAUGGUUUUGGUGCAGCAAGUUUGGGAAGGAUCUCUCCGCCUGAGGCCUGGCAAAGAGGCUGCUUCUCAGAGUAUGCCAGCCUUAUCCAACCCGGUGCCCUCCGGAUGUUUUGGAAUGCAACACCCAUCAACCCUGACCAAGCUGACUGGGGCUGAUGGGAGCUGUAAUCCAAAACAUCUGCACAGCGCCAGGUUCAGGAAGUCUGGAGUAAUUGCUGAGUAAAAAGAUAAGGUAAAGGGACCCCUGACCAUUAGGUCCAGUCGUGGACUCUGGGGUUGCGGCGCUCAUCUCGCUUUACUGGCCGAGGGAGCCGGCGUACAGCUUCCGGGUCAUGUGGCCAGCAUGACUAAGCCGCUUCUGGCAAACCAGAGCAGCGCACAGAAACGCCGUUUACCUUCCCGCUGGAGUGGUACCUAUUUAUCUACUUGCACUUUGACGUGCUUUUUAACUGCUAGGUUGGCAGGAGCAGGGACCGAGCAACAGGAGCUCACCCCGUAUCGGGGAUUCGAACUGCUGACCUUCUGAUCGGCAAGUCCUAGGCUCUGUGGUUUGACCCACAGUGCCACCCACGUCAACAGAUGUCUAAUUACUGUUUUUCAUACGUUUGCUGUUUUUUCUGCAGUCAGGGACUGAAGAGAAACGGCACGGGCACCUGGCCACCAGCGUUGAAACACACUGAGGUUGGCUUUCCAUGCUAGGCCCAUCUUCUCAGUGCUUAUGUAGGCAGGCCUAAUGUAAAGUCUUCUCUCCCCUUCACCUAAAGCAGAACAUUUAGGUGGUCCUUUCACUGGUCUUGGUAACGUCCAUGGGCUGAGUUCACCUGGGGGCAGGAUACAGGCUGAAAGGUUUUGGAGGCUUCUUUCAGGCACAGAAAAACAGGUUGUGGGAAGGGGCUCUGUGUGCAGCAAGGGCCUCAGAGCCUAAUGCGCCUCCGCUUUCUGUCUUGCGCAGAAGGCAAAGGUCACAAGGAGAAACUCGAGCUGGUGGCCGCCUUCUCCUUCUUUGGUAAUGUCAUGUCCAUGGCCAGCGUGCAGCUCGCGGGAGCCAAGCGAGAUGCCCUCUUGCUCAGCUUCAAGGAUGCCAAGGUAAGGGGUUGGCUUGGGUGGGGGGCCGUGAGAUGCAGAGGGCGCAGGAGCCUCAAGGGACCCUGCUUGGGGAGCUGCACAUCUUGGAGGUGGUGGAGGGUUUUGAUAGGUAGUGGGGUAUUAUUAUAAGUUAGUGGCCCUCGGAGCCUUUCCUAAGGGCCCCUGGCCCCUCGACUUGCAGUUGACUAUGGCGCGCCUCCUGGGUGGCAAUUUUGUCUGGCAUGAGGCUAAACAAAAUAGCCCUGGAGUUCUUAGGCUGAAAGGAAGCCAAGUCCCUUUCUAGACAACUUUCCGGACCAUUGUGAGGAGAAAAUGGCUUUGAAAACCAGUUGCUGGAAGCCACAAGGAGGAGAGAGGUUUCUUGUGCUCGAAUCCCGCCUGCUGGUUUCCCACAGCUACUUAGAAGACAAUGGAACUCUUAGUACAGCCUUCCACAAGCUGGGACCUCCAGAUUUUUGGACUACGGCUCCCAUAAUCCCCAGCAGGCACCAGUUUAGGGAAGGCUGCCCUGAUGCACUGUGUGUCUUGCAGCAGCUAAAUGAGUUUGUGUUUUGUGAAACAGGAAGAACUGAAGAGCAACCAUGCAAACUGAGGAGUGAGUUGCUUUAAAGCUCUUGGAUUACACGGGGUUCUCCUUCAGGCUGGAAAACAUGGGCUUGCAGCAGGCAGAUCAGAAGUGAAUAGGCACAUGAGAAAAUAUAGCAAGCUUUAUUAGGGGAGGGAGGUAAUUAGUUUGAUUUAUAGCCUGGCCCUCCCAAGGGUUCACUGGCGGUCAGGUUGAUUAUUACAAUUUUCUGCUAAAGAGAAAAAUGAAACUCUAACAGAUUGCCUCUAAUUUCCUUUUUCCUGCCUCCUAGCUCUCCGUGGUGGAAUAUGAUCCUGGCACCCACGACCUGAAAACUCUCUCCCUCCAUUACUUUGAGGAGCCAGAGCUGAGGGUAGGUAUCCUAAGGCUUGCGAAACAAAAUAAAAAAUUUUCUUCUACAAGCACCUUAGAGACCAACUAAGUUUGUUAUUGGUAUGAGCUUUUGUGUGCACGCACACUGAAGAAGUGUGCAUGCACACAAAAGCUCAUACCAAUAACAAACUUAGUUGGUCUCUAAGGUGCUACUGGAAGGAAUUUUUUAAAUUUUGUUUUGACUAUGGCAGACCAACGCGGCUACCUACCCGUAACUAGAACUAAGGUUUGCACUUUAAUUUUGAAGCUGCUGUGGGAGAAGCUGCCACCUGUUCUCUUUCAUAGCCAAGGGACAUUGUCAAAUCUCUUGCAACCCCUGAGACUCUUAAGGCAGCUGCUGGAAUUCCUGUGUGGUGGUGAUGAUGAUGAUGAUUUAUUAUUUCUACCCUGCCCAUCUGGCUGGGUUUCCCCAGCCACUCUGGGCGGCUUCCAACAAAAGAUUAAAAAUACAUUAAAACAUCAGUCAUUAAAAAUUCCCUAAACAGGGCUGCCUUCAGAUGCCUUCUGAACGUCAGAUAGUUGUUUAUUUCUUUGACAUCUGAUGGGAGGGCGUUCCACAGGGCGGGCACCACGACCGAGUAGGCCCUCUGCCUGGUUCCCUGUAACUUGGCUUCUCCCAGUGAGGGAACCACCAGAAAGCUCUCAGUGCUGGACCUCAGUGUCCGGGAACGAUGGGGGUGGAGAUGCUCCUUCAGGUAUACUGGACUGAGGCUGUUGAGGGCUUUAAAGGUCAGCACCAAAACUUUGAAUUGUGCUCGGAAACGUACUGGGAGCCAAUGUAGGUCUUUCAAGACUGGUGUUAUGUGGUCUUGGCGGCAGCUCCCAGUCACCAGUCUAGCUGCCGCAUUCUGGAUUAAUUGCAGUUUCCGGAUCACCUUCAAAGGUAGCCCCACGUAGAGCACAUUGCAGUAGUCCAAGCGGGAGAUAACUAGAGCAUGCACCACUCUGGUGAGACAGUCUUUGGGCAGGUAUAGUCUCAGCCUGCGUACCAGAUGGAGCUGGUAUCCCUCUGUCUCCCUGUCCAUCUCACCUUCAUCUCAGUAUUCAUUCAAACAGCAGCUAUUGGAAAGGUGAGCAAGUGCCUGAAAUAGUGAGCCAUUUUGACCUGUUUGCUUUUUCAGUUAGGAGUGGGCAGCCUUUUGCAGCUGUCCUCCCUUGCGGGGAGCCCCUCACUUUGACUGGCAGCUCUCCAUUUGUCAGGGAACACAACCAAGACUUCUCCCUUCCUGAAUCCCUUGCAACUCUGUGCUCAUGCCAGACUCCCUUGUUGCAUUUGGGUUGAGAGGCACCAUGUAUUCCAGACCCAAGGGAGCACAGCAGAAUAAAAGGAAGGGUCUCCUGCUCCCUCUGUGUCGCCCUGCCUGGUACUCAUGGCCUGCUCUGUCUCUCCCCCAGGAUGGCUUUGUGCAGAACGUCCACAUCCCCAAAGUGCGGGUGGACCCGGAUGGGCGCUGCGCGGUGAUGCUCAUCUAUGGCACAAGGCUGGUGGUGCUGCCGUUCCGCCGAGAGACCCUGACGGAUGAGCACGAAGGCGUCAUGGGAGAAGGGUAAGGGCUGCCAGAAUGACCGAUACUCGACUGAGGUAGCAUUUAAAAUAGUCAGGGUCUCAGAAUGGGUGUGUUCCGUUGAGAGUCCAUCAAGGCUGUGAACAGCGGGACUGUUGUGGCGUCCAGUCCACUUCCACUGUGCCAACCUGCUUCUCCCGGCUACAUCAGAGUAUCUUGCGCAGCGAUGUGCCCGUGUGGAAGGAAUCUCAGCCAUGCAGUAAAACUCUCGUACAACAGCUUUGAUUCUACCGUGCCAGCCGCAAACAAACAGUUCAGCCAGGAGAGAGCGAAGACAUGAUGCUUCUCCUGUCGCAGCCAAAACAGAAAGUAAAAACGUUCACAUAACAAAGAUGCAAACACACCCGCAGUCGUCAUUUCCCCUUGAGCUGUUAACCCUGGGUAUCCUCACAGGGUGGCAUUUAGAGGAGAAAGGGGCUGCGGUGCAGGGCGGGACAGUCAGAAAACUGCAAGUAAGGGCUCAAAGCAAGCGUAAUUAGUGCCGCAUUGCCAGUUUUUCAUCUGUGAAAUGGGUACCUUGUGCAGCUCGUGACAGUUUCUCAAGUGUGUCCCUUGGGAACCCUGGAGUGUAUUUGGCCUCUGUGAACUCUUGUUGCAGCCAGAAGUCAAGUUUUCUGCCCAGCUACAUCAUUGACGUGCGGGAGCUAGACGAGAAGCUGCUCAACAUCAUUGACAUGCAGUUCCUGUAUGGCUACUACGAGCCCACCCUACUCAUCCUCUUUGAGCCCAACCAGACCUGGCCUGGGUAUGUCUUGCCUUCCUCCUCCCUCUCUGUUGUUAGCUUUGCCCCAGAACAACUGCUGGCCAGCUAGCCCCCCGUCACAAGAAAACAAAACUGGCACUGCAGCUCAGUGCUAGAGCAUCUUUUUUGCAUGCAGAAGGUCUCCAGCCUGAAAUUCUGGAGAGCUGCUGCCAAUCAGUGUAGGCAUUACUGAGCUAGAUGGACCGACAGUAUAACUUGGUACCACUAUGUGGCAGCUUCCUGUGCUCCUCUGUGUCUGCCUCGAAAGUCUAAACUCAGUCUGCAGAUAGCCAAGGGAGAGCUGUGGGUCUCAGUACGGAUGACUCCCACUGUUGUGUUAGGAAAUGAGCUCUGGGGCUGGAGGGAGUCUGGUGCUCUUUGCCAGACGUGGUAUGUCAAUUCUGGGACAAAACCUGGGGCUUUUGCUUCCACUUCUGUCCCCUUCAACGUUGUUCCCUCCCAAGCACCAUCUGACACUUCAUUAUCUUAUAUAUAUAUACAUUUUUAUUGGUUUUUUUAAACGUAUCAUUUCCAACAAUAAUAUAACAUAAUUUCUUAUCUUAUACAAUGUUUCAGACUUCCGUCAACAUCUCUGAUAAUUUUCCGUUCUUUAUCACUUAUUCUGCAUUUCUUAAUUUCUCUAUUACUCUUAAUUAUCACUAACUAGUAAUUCUCCUCAUAGUCUUUCUUGCAAUAUUUCAAAUACAGUGGUACCUCGGGUUACAUACGCUUCAGGUUACAUAUGCUUCAGGUUACAGCCUCCGCCAACCCAGAAAUAGUGCUUCAGGUUAAGAACUUUGCUUCAGGAUGAGAACAGAAAUCUCACAGUGGCAGGCAGCAGCAUCAGGAGGCCCCAUUAGCUAAGGUGGUGCUUCAGAUUAAGAACAGUUUCAGGUUAAGUACGGACCUCCGGAACGAAUUAAGUACUUAACCCGAGGUACCACUGUAGUCAUCCUUACAAAACUUCUUGCUGACGCUUCAUUCUCUUGGAACCUGAUGCUGCCAGUUCCCGUUUCUCUCCCCAUACCGCCGUCCCCAGUUUCGGCUCACCUUGACCGCACCUGCCCCACUUGCCUAGGCUGUGUGGACAGCGAUGUCAAGUAGCCGAGCUCUUUCCUUGUCACUCUUCAGGCGGGUGGCUGUGCGCCAGGACACCUGCAGCAUUGUGGCUAUCUCCUUGAACAUCAUGCAGAAGGUCCACCCGGUCAUCUGGUCUCUCAGCAACCUGCCCUUUGACUGCACCCAGGCCCUGGCGGUACCCAAGCCCAUUGGUGAGAGGAACGGUUUCUUCCCGCUUGUUGUGUGGAGAGGGGGAGGUGGCGCAGGCGCUUGUGCAUGGGUAGAACAAGGUGGCUAGAAGCUGUGAAGAUCUUUGGGGAGGGAGGGAGGGUGUUCCAUUUUGAGUGGAAAUCCCAAAUUGUGGCAAAGGUGGUUAGACAGUGCAGGGAGGCCCAUAACGCACGUAAGCUCUCAAGUUCAGUUGCCAGUAAAGGUAAAGGGACCCCUGACCAUUAGGUCCAGUCGUGACCGACUCUGGGGUUGUGGCGCUCAUCUCGCUUUACUGGCCGAGGGAGCCGGCGUACAGCUUCCGGGUCAUGUGGCCAGCAUGACUAAGCCGCUUCUGGCGAAACCAGAGCAGUGCACGGAAACGCCGUUUACCUUCCCGCCGCAGUGGUACCUAUUUAUCUACUUGCACUUUGACGUGCUUUUGAACUGCUAGGUUGGCAGGAGCAGAGACCGAGCAACGGGAGCUCACCCUGUCGCGGGGAUUCGAACCGCCGACCUUCUGAUCGGCAAGCCCUAGGCUCUGUGGUUUAACCCACAGCGCCAUCCACGUCCCAGUAUCUCCCCUUAAAAAGAGAUCUUUGGAAAAGGCACACACCUGAGACCCUUGAACAGCCUCUGCCAGUCAGAGUCGGUGAUAAUGCGCUAGAUGGGCUAGCAUAUUUUCCAGAUAGGAUGUGUGUUCUGGACAGCAGCCUCCCUUACUCGGAGGACAAUGUAGACAAGCUCACUUUCCACCAGCUUAAACCCUGCGGCUCAAGAGUGACAACUCCGUCUUGGCCUAACUCUCCUCUCCCCUUCCUUCCUCCUCUAGGCGGAGUUGUGAUCUUUGCGGUGAACUCACUGCUGUACCUGAACCAGAGCGUGCCGCCUUACGGCGUGUCCCUCAACAGCCUCACCAACGGCACCACCGUCUUCCCGCUAAGUAGGCUUCUCUGCUUUCCUUCCCUUCUAUCAAAAAGAAGGUCUAAAGCGCUUCAUAUUUUAAAGAUCCCUCAACAGUGCACAAUAUGAAAACAACACACCUUAAAACAAAAAUGCAACCUAAAAUCAACAAAACAACACAAAAGCGUAUAAACAGAUACCAAAACAAGUACAACAGAGAUGCAUGAAAUUCGUAGUCAAAGAUCAGGGUCCAGUCUCAUGAGCCAGAGAAAGUCUGGGCAAAAAGAUUUGCCUUUAUAAGACAUCUAAAGCAACUGAUGGCUGCUGCUCUGCAUAUAGCAAAGGGAAGGGAUUUUCAGUGUCGGGCAACAGCAGAAAAGGCCUGUUUUGGGAUCACUGCCCUACAAUAUUCUGCAGGGUUGUGUGCUGCAAGUAGAAUUUCCCCCAGAUGAUCUUACUGAUCUUUACAGGAGCAGGUGAUCUUUCACAAAGGUCAUCCGGUCCCAAGUUGUUCAGGGCUCUAUAUGUUAACAGCAAGACCUUGAACUUGGCCUGGGAGCUGAUCAGCAGCCAGUGCGCUCGCUCAACACAGGUGUAAAUACGUGUGCCUCCACCUGCCCCACUCUGCAACCUGGCCACUCGCCCCCCCCCUUUUUGAAAUAUGGCAACCCAAGGUUACCAACACAUGAAUCACAGUGGCUAAGCUAUUCCUGUCCAGGAAAGUGUGCUGUUGGUGUACCUACCUAAAUUUGAUAAUAGGUGCUCCUUGCCACAGAGGUUAUUGGAUGUUGGCAAGCUGCUGGUGGCCCUGGAGGUAUUGCCACUGUGCUCCUGAUCCUUAUGGGCUCAAACUGAGCAGCUAGCUCUAUAUAGGACCCUUUCCCUGCCCUACCAGUUUUACUUUCCUGUACCCAUGAGUGGACAGAAAAGGAGAGCAGCGAACUCCUAACCUCGUGCCCUUAACCAGAUGCUGUUCAACAGAGAAUACUACCUGUUAUGUCACUUCUGGCACAGGUUUUAAAACAUUGCUUUUAUUGGAGAGGCAGGGGUUGGGAUAGGAACCACAUGGCAUCCUUUGCAAACUUUCCAGUGCAACCCUUAAUCAUUAGGACUAGAGAUGUGUACAGCGGUACCUCGGGAUGCGAACAGGAUCCGUUCCGGAGCCCCAUUCGCAUCCUGAAUAGAACGUAAGACGCGACGGCGCAUCUGCGUGUGCGUGGGUCGCGUUUUGCCGCUUCCGUGCAUGACAUCAUUUUGAGCGUCUGCGCAUGCGCGAGUGGCAAAACCCGGAAGUAACGCGCUCCAUUACUUCCGGGUUGCCACGGAGCGCAACCCGAAAGCACUCAAUCUGAAGCACAUUCAACCCGAGGUAUGACUGUACUAGUGUGUGUACACACUUUCAGCUUCUGAAAUUCUGCCCCGGUUAGCAGGCUGUGAACUCUCGUUGCAAACCUGGUAAGUGGAUAGAACACUUAUAACUCCAAGCAGUACUGCAUGAGGGAAAGUGCUCAGACCAGGCUACCUUUCCAAAGGGGACAGCAGCAGCGUCCUGAGUCCUGCCCCUGUGUCCUGCUACUUUGGGCUCUGCUGAUGCCUUCCUCCUCUUUACAGGGAUCCAAGAGGGAGUGAAAAUCACACUGGACUGUGCCCAGGCGGCUUUCAUCUCCUAUGACAAGAUGGUCAUCUCGCUGAAAGGAGGGGAGAUGUAAGGAUUCGGAUUGCUCUCAGGUCACCAGGCACAAUUACCUUUGCCAGCUUCCAGCAGGGAGCUGUUCUGUUCAGACCUGGGAUGUUUCUGCUUACAGGAAAAACAGCUCUGCAGCUCUGCUCACGUGGCCAGAUGCAGGCAAGCUGCUUGCUGCUCCCGGUUCUCUUGGACCGUAAACAUCCAGCCCAUUGGAAAGAGAUUCUGCUUUUGAUGUUGUCAUGUGUCCCAAGCAGAUGCUGUGUUCAGCCACUGAGCCUGUAGCUAAGUCAGGCUGACCUCUUUCUCCCCGGGUUCUGUUUCUGUCCCCCUCAGUGCAGUGAAGUCGGUAAAUAUUUCAUGGCUUAGCAGAUAAAUUUAAAGCCCAAAGACAAGCCUGACACGGGUGAUGGAGAGGCAAGAGCACAUAUUUCUUCAAAGCACCAGAAAGAGAAAGAAGUGGAAGAGAAAAUGUUUGCAUCUGCUAGCCAAUGUCCUAUGAAAGAGAUUAUUGGACACCUGGCUCCAGUCUUGGGCAGGGCUGAGUUUGCUUUAGUUGAAUGCAUGUUCUUUAAACUUAACUGUUUGCAGUGUCCCUGGUGGGUGGGAGUCGAGUGGAACUUGGUUGCCUGAACAGCUGCAACACUAGGCUUUUUGCUGUUUUUCUUGGGCAACUCAUUGCAAACCUCUGGAGCCGGACCCCUUCAGACAACCUAGUUUUGCUUAGUUGCCAGUGUGUGGCAGUUGCAAAUUUCAGUUAACGUAGAGGAGAAAAGUAGUCUUCUAGACCCACCUAGGGAGAGUAUGGUAGGGCAGCUAAAACAAAUAGAAAAUCAGCAGUGGGAGAAGGAGUCCAGUGAGUGGUUGGUCUUUCAGCCGUUACCUUGAAUUGUGUUGUCUCCCUCUCAUAGAAUUUUAUAGUUGGAAGGGACCUAAGGAAUCAUCUAGUCUACCCCCUAUGCUUUGGGUUCAGUGAGAGAGGGGCCAAUAUCCUGGGGUUGAGCCUCCCCAGGCCACCGCAUGUUUGACAGGGCUCCUUGCAAGCUUUCUUGCUCAGACAUUGUUUGCCCUCUGUCAAAGGGAUCCCUUCACCUGCCUCCCUUCCUCCCUCCCUUACCCUAGCUAUGUCCUGACCCUCAUCACCGACGGCAUGCGGAGCGUCCGAUCCUUCCACUUCGACAAGGCGGCAGCCAGCGUCCUCACCACUUGCGUAAGCUCCAUUAGGCCGGGCACUGGCAGAGUCAGGGUGGCAGGGUUGGGGGGGAGGUUGAGGCAAAAGCCAGUUGCGUAUAUGAGAUACGUGUGAUUGCUGAGCCCAAUCAGUGGUGCCCCUGCCCUGUUUUGCCUCUGGGCGCCCCCUGCUCCCUUGCGAUGCCUCUUUGCCCCUUCUCCCACGAGGACUUGUCUGACACUGCAUCUCCCCACCCUGUCCCUUCUGCCUUUCGGAUCUCAGAUGAUCACCAUGGACCCCGGCUACCUCUUCUUGGGCUCACGUCUCGGCAACUCCCUCCUCCUCAAAUACACAGAGAAGCUGCAGGAGACCCCCAUGAGCGUUGCCAAGGACCCCGCAGAGAAGCCGGUGAGUUCACCUGGGACCUGGCCUGCCCCAUUUACUUAAAGAGCAGCAUUGCAUUAGAAGCUUCCCCCACCCCCCAUUGCAGGACAAACCCCAGACAGCCUUCCUGUCCAGUGCUGCUUGAAUCUGGCCCAGCCACUUGGUCACAGGAUUUUGGCCAUUCAAUAACCAUGGCCCAAUGGGAAAACUUAUGGAAAAUCAAUUGGAAAUUCACAAAUUGUUAUACGAUUAGAGAGAACUUUCAAAAAAUGCAACACCGAUGGUACCUAACGCCAUGGAAACUUUUGAAAAUGUAUAAAAAUGUGUCAAGUAAUUGUUGGAGAUGCGGAGAUAACUCAGGAACUUUCUACCAUAUGUGGUGGAUAUGUAGGAAAAUACAGGUAUUCUGGGAGAGUAUUUAUGCAGAACUGCAAAAAAUGCUAAAGGUCUCUUUUAAUAAAAAACCAGAGGCCUACCUCCUGGGAAUAACAGAUCUGGAUACUCCGCAAAAGAGGAAGGGUAUCUUUUUAUAUGCAACGGCGGCAGCAAGAGUUCUGGAAGAGUAAUGAAAUCCCCUCUAUACAAGAUUGGAUCCAAAAGCUGAUAGAAUAUGCUGAACUAGAUGGUCUAUCAGAAAAAAUAAAGAAUAAAUCAAAACAGGAAUUUGUCUCAAAAUGGGAGGUUUUCAAAGAAUAUUUGAAAAGUAAACAUAGUAGUUUAAAUUCUGUUGCAGCAUUCGAGGAACUUCAGUAAUAGUUGCAAGGUAGAAAUAAGAAAUUAGAUAUAUUAAGAAAAAGUUUAAUUAUGAUAAAAGCGUGUAUUGGCAAUAAGUAAUAUGAAAUCAAAAUAUGGACUAGAUGGGAGGUUGGGUCUUUAGUGUUAAGACCAAUUUAUGUUUUAUUGUUUGUUAAGAAAAUUAUGUGUCUGUGGUUAUUCCUGUGUGUAAUUUGGUAUUUGUGUUUUUUCUUUUUUCUUGCUGUAUCAAUUUUUUAAAAAAGAAAAGAAUCUGGCCCAGCCACAGAGAGCAUUUGGGGGGAGGCAUAGGGAAGGGGAGCCCGGUACUUGAGUGGGUGUUGGUUGGUGGGAGAGCAAAGCAGCUGAUACACUGACUGCCGUGAAUGAAUGGAGGUUUCAGUUGGAAACUCUUCACCUGUUGGCUUCCAAGGGAAGUCAGACUUGGUGAGUCCCCUGCCUUUUGUCAGCAUGCAACUUCCUUCCGCCUGCAGGAGGAGCCUCCUGUCAAGAAGAAACGCGUGGAGCAGACUGCAAACUGGACGGGUAGGUGGCUCUGCCCCAGAGCCAACGAGAGGGGAUGCUGGGGGAUCCGGUACAAAUUACCGGCUCCUGGUGUUCUGGGGAGUGGGUCAUAAAAGGGAGGGAAGUGUCGGGAUACUGCCGGGGAGACGGGGGCAUUUGGCAGGCCCCCAGCUGGCUCCAGCCACUGGCCGGCAGCCGGGUAAUCUCCAGUACAGCAUCAAUCAGCGACACGAGCCUCAGAUACGUUUAGAGAGUCGGCACGCUCUUAUCAGCAGAGUGAAUAAAUCUUCACAACGGAAGUGGCGGACAGAGACAUGUGUAAGCAUUAUUUACAGGUGUUUAUUCAGCAUAGUUCAGGAACAAAGGAAAAACAUGUCUGCUUCCCUUCGUCUCCAGCAAACAGCAGGAUAGCAAAAGCAAUAUACAAACGGAAGUUCCCAGCAAGCCUGUGCUGGAAGUAAACAGGCAUGUGACACACAACAGUCAUGCCUGCUCCUUUUAAGGUGGAACGGAACUAUAUCCUAAAUGGAAGUACCUAGGAAGAGCUGUUGAGUGGAGUGUGCAAGAGAAGGAAAGCUAUGAAGAGGAGGCACAGAGUUAAUCCCAAGGCUUCUCCUACCCACAUCCUAAUGUGUCCUCUGCAGGGGGAAAGUCAACUCCUCAGGACGAGGUGGAUGAGAUCGAGGUGUAUGGCAGCGAAGCCCAGUCUGGGACCCAACUUGCCACCUAUUCUUUCGAGGUACCAUUUAAAUGUAGCUUCUGAGGACAAGAUACAAACCUGCUUAUGGCAGGCAUGCUCUCUUUUCCUGGGGCGACGGAAGAAGGGCAAGAGAGUUGGGAAACUCAGUACUAAAGACUCAGCUCCUCUUCCCUUCCCCAUGCUAGGCCAUUCCUCUGAGCUGGCAAUGGAUCAAAGCACACCUGGAAUCAGAAAUGCUUUGGAGUCUCCCAUCCUUGCUCCUCUGCCCAGAGCUAUUCCUUGAGCAGUAGGUAACCCAUGUGCCUUUUCUGUUUCUCUCUCCUCCCCCAACACUGACAGGUUUGUGACAGUAUCCUGAACAUCGGUCCCUGUGCCAACGCCGCCAUGGGGGAGCCGGCUUUCCUUUCUGAAGAGGUGUGCACUUGGCUGGGUCCUUCUCUGAGCUCUGGGUGUAGGGACAGGGCCAGGGUCCGGUGCCUGAAGAAAGAAUCCUAAGAUGGGUGGGGAAACGUGUUAGGUUUGGCCCUUCUGCCCUCCCAAGGGGUUCUAAUGGCACAGAGGAGCUUGCAAAGGGUUCCUGCAGGAAAUCGAGGACACUUGCUGUGGAGUUGCUGCGAGUGAGGCUAGCUCACCACUCUCAAUCACCUAACACUGUCUGUCUGUCUGUCUUCAGUUCCAGAACAGCCUUGAGCCCGACCUUGAAAUCGUAGUGUGCUCAGGAUAUGGCAAGAACGGCGCCCUCUCGGUUCUUCAGGUGAGCGAGCAGGUGAACUGCUGGGGUGGGAAGCGCAGGGAUUGCACUGUGCGAAGGCCUGCGUCGGUGAGGAGAGUCUGGCGCAGGUCAGGUACCAGUGCUACAGCAGCAGCGGCAUGCCCUAGGCUUACCAGGGCUGCCCCAGAGAUCAAUGGAGCAGCCUAUAAACACCUAGGAACAAGUAGGUGGGUGGGGGUGACACACAGGAGGAGGAAACCAAGCCUGGUGAGGAACGGUUGAAGGAGCUGGGUAUGUUUUGCCUGGAAAAGAGGAGACUGAUAGGAGAUAUGAGAGCCAUUUUCAGGUAUCUUAAGGGCUGUCACAUGGAAGAUGGAGAAGGCUUGUUUUCUCCUGCUCUGGAGGGCAAUGGCUUCAAGGUGCGAGAAAGGAGAUUCCGACAAAACAUCAGGAAGAAUAUCAGUUCAGCUUCUGAGUCCCUUUGUGGUCUUCUCCAGACUUUGGCCUGCUGCUGUGUUCCAGCUUUUAACAACCUUUCUAAUGUUCCAGCUUUUAACAACCAUUUUGGCAUUUACCCCUCUGUCUUGCAGUUGUUCAGAGGGCUCUUCAAGUCUUCCGGUGUCUGACUUCUCAACUUCCUUAGUAUCAUAUUUUCUAGCUUGGCUUAUAUACGAUAUUUCCAUUUCCACUUCCAAUCUUUUAGCCAAUCAAGACCUGCUAUUUCACACCAGACCUAUUUUUCUUCAUGGAUCUCCCUUCCACACAGUGAGACAAACAGGCCCUUUGAGGUGCAUACUUGGUUUACCUGCCCAGAAAUUGUACAACUGCAAGGGAGCCCGCCUUGAGUGCUGGAGCCCUAAUUUCAGGGGGGCGCGACUGGUGUGGUCGCAUUGGGUGCUGUGCUGCAAGGGGCGCCACAACAAUGCUGUAGAAUGUAGCACAAGAGACAGGGAAUGUUGAAUUUAAACAUUGCACCGGGCACCACUGAAACUUGGGAGCCCAAAGUCUGCCACUGCCUAAUUUCUUUUAUACACACACACAUACACAUUUUUAUUAAUUUUUUAACUUAUUAAUUCCAAGUCAUACAAUAUUUUUGGACUUCCGUCAACGCCUCUGAUGAUUUUCCGUUAUUUGCCACUUAUUAUGCAUUUCUUAAUUUCAUAUUACCUUUAAUAUCCUUAACUAAUGAUUCUCCUCAUUGUCUUUUUUGCAAUAUUUCAAAUAAUUCACCUUACAAAACUUCUUUCAAACCUACUAGCGUGAUCUAUUCAUCACAACUGCUUUUCAAAUAGUUCGUAAAUUUACUCCAGUCUUCUGAGAAUCUCUGGUCCCGCAGGUUUCGAAUCCUUCCUGUUAGUUUAUCUAAUUCUGCAUAGUCCAUCAGUUUCAUCCUCCAUUCUUCUUUCGUUCUUCUUGCUUCCAUUUUUGUGCCAAUAAAAUUCUUGCUGCCGUCAUUGCAUAUAAAAACAACUUACAAUCCUUUCUGUUUAUAUCAUCUCCUACAAUGCCAAGUAAAAAUGCUUCUGGUUUCUUAAUAAAUGUAUAUUUCAACAUCUUUUUCAUCUCAUUAUAUAUCAUUUCCCAUAAGUUUUUCACUUUUUUACAUUCCUACCACAUGUGAUAAAAUGUUCCUUCUUUUUCUUUACAUUUCCAGCAUUUAUUACUUUAUACAUUUUAGCUAAUUUCACAGGCGUAAUAUACCACCUAUACAUCACUUUCAUCACAUUUUCUUUUAAGGCAUUGCAUGCAAUAAAUUUUAAUCCUUCUUUCCACAGUUUUUCCCAGUCUUUUAACUGUAUAUUAUACUCAAAUUCUUUGGCCCAAUGUAUCAUAACUGACUUUACCUCCUCAUCUUUCAAAUGCAAUUCAAGCAGCAAUUUAUACAUUUUAGACAAAGUUUUACAUUUAUUACUCAAUAUCUCCAUUUCAAAUUUUAAUUUGUUUUCAUCAAAUCCUUUUCCCUUAAAACCCUGUUUAAACAUUUCAUUGACUUGGCGGUAGUGCGGCCAAUCAUUCACAUAUUCUUUAACUUCUUCAUAGGGUUUCAUUUUCCGUUUACUCCAUUCUUUUUGUAUUAAUUUUCCAUAUGUAACCCAAUUCUUGCUCAUAUUUAUCUUUUUCACACUCAUUGCUUCUAAUGGAGAUAAUCACUGCGCUGUUUUACGUUCUGAUAGGUUUUUAUGUUGUUUUUGUUUAGUCGUUUAGUCAUGUCCAACUCUUCGUGACCCCAUGGACCAGAGCACGCCAGGCACUCCUGUUUCAAAUAGAGAUCUUCGAAAUGUAUGGUUUGCAAGCCACUACCUAAUUUCUUCCUUCCUUCUCAACAGAAAAGCAUCCGCCCUCAGGUGGUGACGACCUUUGAACUCCCAGGCUGCUAUGACAUGUGGACGGUGAUCUCGCCCCAGAAGACGGAAGAGGCAGCGGUGUGUAUGGCCUCUACUUCCCAGGGGCUUUGAGCCACCUUCUUUUGAGGAGGAGGAUUUCCUUCCAGCCUCUCUCCCACAAAGGCAGAGGCUCUGUGCACUUGUGACAGCAUCACCCUGUCCACCCUCUUCUCCCGACAGGAGGAAGACGCCCAGGGAGAAAGCGCAGAGAAAGAGCCGGCCCCGCCAGAGCCUGCUGACGACGGGAAGCGGCACGGCUUCCUCAUUCUGAGCCGGGAAGACUCCACCAUGGUGAGUGCUGGCAUUUUUCGUUGGGCAUGGCCCCGGGUGCACUUUGGAGCUUGGCUGAGUGUGCUUCAGUGACUAAGGGGAAGGCAAUUGGCAGCUCAAAGGGGCUGUUUUGAGGGAGAUCAGCCGAGUGGGCUGUGUCAAAGAGGUUGCGGGGUGUGCAGAUCUGCCAAGGGCUGGCAGCAUGAGAAGAAAGCUGGAACUUGCUCUGCCCCUUCACUCUGGCCAUAAUAAUAAUAAUAAUAAUAAUAAUAAUAAUUUAUUAUUUAUACUCCGGCCAUCUGGCUGGGCGUCCCCAGCCACUCUGGGCGGCUUCCAAAAAAAUAUUAAAAUACUGUAAUACAUCAAACAUUAAAAGCUUCCCUAAAGAGGGCUGCCUUCAGAUGUCAUCUAAAAGUCUGGUAGUUGUUCACUUUGACAUCUGGUGGGAGGGCGUUCCACAGGGCGGGUGCCACUACCGAGAAGGCCCUCUGCCUGGUUCCCUGUAACUUGGCUUCUCGCAGUGAGGGAACCGCCAGAAGGUCCUUAGUGCUGGACUUCAGUGUCUGGGCAGAACGAUGGGGGUGGAGACGCUCCUUCAGAUAUACUGGACUGAGACCGUUUAGGGCUUUAAAGGUCAGCACCAACACUCUGAAUUGUGCUCGGAAUCCCAAAGGAUCCACCUCCUCAGAGUAUUGCGGAAGAACAAUGUCAAUCAACAUCUGAUGCUCUCCUUCUACCGGUCCACAACAGAAAGUGUCCUUUCAUACUGCAUCACGGUGUGGAACGCUGGUUUGACAUCAACUGAUAGGAAGUGCCUACAGAGGGUGGUGAAUACAGCACAAGAUAUUAUGGGCUGUCCCGUGACUCCGCUGGAUGAAAUAGCGGAAGAACGUUGCCACAGGAGAGUGAAGAAAAUUCUCAGGGAUGAUUCACACCCUGGCCGGCACUUUCUUGAUCUCCUGCCCUCGAGCAGAAGAUAUAGAAGCACGAUUAGUCGCACCAACAGGGUAAAGAAUAGCUUCUAUCCAUGGGCUGUUAGGCUGCUGAAUGAAAAGAUAACAACAGGGCAACUGACUUUCGGGUUUGGUGGGUGUGCGUCAGUAAACGAGGGGAAUUAAGACUAAGAGAGCUGAGUGGGGGGUGCUCCUGUAAUCUCACUGUAUACAAGUUGUACAAGUGACAAUAAAGUAUUUCAUAUUUCAUAUUAAUUGUGGGGUGGCAUGACUCCACACACACCUUGCUUUUUCCGGGGGCAACCCCUGUAUGAUCUCCCUCUUGGGAAUAUUCCCUGCAAGGGCACAUGGGUGUGACUGUUUCUUCUUUGCCUCCCCCCUCAGAUCCUGCAGACGGGCCAGGAAAUCAUGGAGCUGGACACCAGCGGCUUUGCCACCCAGGGGCCCACUGUCUAUGCCGGCAACAUUGGCGAGAACCGCUACAUCGUCCAGGUGUCUCCCCUGGGAAUCCGCCUGCUGGAAGGAGGUGAGUGCAGCUGGAGGCCUCAAGCUUGGUUUUAAAGGCAGCCGUUCUGGGAAAGAGCCCUUGGCCUAGAAACUGAAUCACUAGGCAGGGGAAACGGUGGAGGUUGCUGAGAGAGACUUGAGCAGACAUACUUUUGAAAGCACCACGGAUCCUGGGACUGUUGGUGUCCGGGGUGGGGGCCAUUGGAGGGCAGCCUGAGCUACCGUCAGGGCUUGGUCUGCCUUUCAGCUGCCUGUGUCUCUGCCUCACAGUGAACCAGCUGCACUUCAUCCCAGUGGAUCUCGGCUCGCCUAUCAUACACUGUGCCGUGGCCGACCCCUAUGUGGUGAUCAUGAGCUCCGAGGGGCAGGUCACUAUGUUUGUGCUGAAGAGCGACACCUACGGGGGCCGGACACACCGGCUCACGUUACAGAAGCCGCAGCUGCAUCACGUGAGUACGAGCUGUAAGCAUAGAAUCAUACAAUAGAAUUGGAAGGGAGCUUGAGGGUCAUCUAGUCCAACCCCCUGCGAUGCAGGAAUCUUGCCCACAGCCGUCCCUAGAUGGGCUUGAACCACCAACCUUCGGGUUCACAGCCAGACACACUGACCCAUUGCACCAGGAGGGGGCCACAGUCCCUUAGAACAGCAUUGUGAUUAUCCCAGACUCAACCCUGUGCUCUGCAAACAUUAGCUGCUUGUUAUACAGAGGGCUUCGCAGUCACAUCUCAUCACGGAAACUCAAAAUCCUGUGUCUGGUUCUGCAGCUCAACCACAGAGCAUUUAUUUUACUCGCAGAAGGCUCAUGGUUCAGUUUGUGGCAUCUCCAAUCUGUUUUGUUUUACAAGGAAAGGAUCCUAACCCUCCUCCACCAGGGCCAGGGCCUUUUCAGUGAUGGCUCCGACCUGGUGGAAUUAUCUGUCCCACAAGACCAGGGCCCUUCAGGAUUUAACCUCCUUCCGCAGGGCCUGUAAGACAUAGCUAUUCCGCCUGGCUUUUAAUUUGAAUUUAGCCUGAUCUUUUAUUCCCCUUCCUUCCCUCCCCCUCCCCUUUUUAUGAAGAUUACCCGCUCUGGGAUCCCACAGCUAAUUCUCCCCUGGUCUCCUUGCUGGCCCAAAUAGGACUAAUUUAGCCAGCUAGCCCUGGUGAUCACCUAAUGCUUAUUGGAUGGAUUUCCCCCCUAAAUUGAUUUUUGAAUUCUGAAUUUAUUGUUAUUCACGUUUUAUACUGUAUUUUAUGCUGUAUUUUAUUUUAUGUUUUUUGUUGUAUCAAUUAAGUGUCUUAAAUUUGUUGUUAGCCACCCUGAGCCCAGUUUUUUGAACUGGGAACGGCGGGGUAUAAAUAAAUUUUUAAAAUUAUUAUAACCCGUAUAGUUAACUUGCAGAAAUACAUUUGAAAACACUGAGCAGUGCCUGGCAUGGUGAGGCUCUAUCACCCCUUCUUCUUGGCUAGCAGUAGCAGAAGACAUUGUGCAAAAAACAUUCACGUUUGCUCAGUUUGCAUAGCUUAUUAGUGAGGUCUCCAAAUGUGUAUCUUGUAACAAUGACGGUGCACAGCCUGCUUUCAGCCGAGGUUCUUGGCAUAACCAGAUUCUGAGUCUGCUUCCAUGCUGCUCAGUUAAGAGCAGGUCAUCCUGUGUCUUGCUCUGAGGCAACCUGUUGUCACCCCUCCAGCAAUCGAAGGUGAUUGCGUUGUGUGUAUACCGGGACGUCAGCGGCAUGUUCACCACUGAGAGCCAUUCAUCCAGCUCCCGGGACGAGCUUUCCUUGAGGACUCAGUCAGAAUCUGAGGCUCCCAUCCAGGACAUCAGGUGGGUCUUGAGGCAUGGCGAAGAACUCUGGGAAGGGGUAGGGAUUUAGCCACUUUGUGUGGGAGUUUGGGUUGUAAAAUAGGGGUUGUGAGAUGGUUGUUUUGGGUUUUUAAGGCUUUUCUGCGUAGGAGGUACAUUGGAUGGGUAAAAGUACAAAGGGGUAGUUUGCUUAACUAGUUUUGCAUGGAAGGGCCAAAAGUUCGUCUUAGGAACCCAGCAAUUCGGAAAUAGAAACUUAAUCAGUACUCCCCUGUUCCGAUUGCUUAAAAGGUUGAAAGGGGGAGUGAAAAUGUUGUAUAUAAGUCAUGCUAGAAGAUAAGUUAGGCAGCAGUCCUAAUCAUACCCAGUAUUGGAAGUAGGCUGGGCCACUUCAUCCAGGUUAAAGGACUGUCUGGUAGAGACAGUGAGAGGAAAAUAAAAGAUAUCCACUUGGUCGUGGCGGUUCACUUAAUACACUGGUUCUCAAACUUGUAGGACCAGUGGGCAAGUAUGAUGGGAGUUGUAGUCCAACAGCAGCUGGAGACCCAAUUUGAGAAAUACCGGCUUAACAGGAAGUAAGGAUUGGAUUGGCUGGUUUGUUUGCCUUCCUCCUCUCUCAUGGUGCAAGCUACAGUCUGCACUAUCACACCCGUUCUUUCAGGUAAUUGGGGCAGGUGUGCUCAGUGAGGAGAUGAGAGAAUUCAAAGCACCUUGUGUAGGUCCUGAGUAAAGAAUCAGAUACCUACUUGUGAAGACAGUAGCAGGAGAAAUUCUCAGCUGGCCCUCAGUUUCUUUGGCCCUCAGUUUUGUUCAACCCUUUAGUGAUGCUCCAUCUGGGACUUCAUUUAAGCUUUGGGCCCAUGUGCUGCCUACAAAAGUUUUGAGACCUGCACUGUAAUCUUGCUGUGAGUGGGCCCGAUCUUGGAUCAGGCUUUGCAACAGCUGCCCAGGUGUCUUAAGCGUAACUGCCUUCCUCCUCCUCUCUUCUCCCAUGUACAGCAACACAAUAGACGAUGAGGAAGAAAUGCUGUACGGUGAAUCUGGCACCUUGUUUAGUCCCACCAAGGAGGAGCCGCGCCGCUGCAGCCUGCCCUUGGCUGACAAGGAUCCUCACCAGUACAAGGCAGAGCCCUCUCACUGGUGUGUGCUGGUCCGGGAGAACGGUGCCAUGGAGGUGAGGCCCACGCAGUGCCCGGGGCAGCGGGAGUGAGCCAGUCUCAGCCGGGUCCCUCUUGGCCCCUGCUACUUUCUCCCUCUUUCUCUCUCAUGUAGAUCUACCAGCUGCCUGAAUGGCGCCUGGUCUUCCUGGUGAAGAAUUUCCCCAUGGGGCAGAGGGUGCUGGUGGACAGUUCCUUCGGGCAGCCUGCCAGCCAGGGCGAGGCCAAGAAGGAGGAGGUGGUCCGUCAGACCGAGAUGCCGCUGGUCAAGGAGGUGCUGCUGGUGGCCCUGGGAAAUCGGCAGAGCCGGCCGUACCUGCUGGUGAGCUCCGAGGGGGGGGGGGGUCCUCUGUGCGUAGAGUUAUCUGUGUCUCCCGUCUGCUUGGAUCUGAAGCACGUAGACAUUUUGAUACACAUGCAAAGCAGCCAAGCAGGAAACCCAGUAAAUCAAGACACCAGCCCUUCUACAAGUUUGGCCCCCUGGUUUCAAGUGAUGGUGAUACUGGGGCAAAUGGUUUCUGCGCAAUAAGUACCGUAUUUUUCGCUCUAUUAGACACACCUGAGCAUAAGACACACCUAGUUUUUAGGGGAGGAAAAUAAGAAAGCAACGCAAAGCCUCCUGAGCAAAGAGGGAGCGCUCCUCCCUCUUCGCUCUGGAGGCUUUGCGGGGCUCUCCCUGAAGCCAGGAGAGCAAGCGGGAUCGGUGCGCACCGAUCCCUCUUGCCCUCCUGGCUUCAGCCCCCACCUCCCGCAAGAGCCGUGCGCUCUUUAAAGGGAGCGCUGCUCUUGAGGGCUUUUGCGGGAGGUGGGGGGAAGGGACAGAGCUGCGUGCUCUGUCCCUUCCCCCACCUCCUGCAAAAGCCAAGGAUAGCCGCGUGAAGCCUCCGCAGGGCAGCUGGGAGCCUUCAUCCCGCUGCCCUGCAGAGGCUUCGCACGGCUAAGCCAGAAGCUAGAACAGCUCCCUCUCGCUGUUCUGGCUUCUGGGAUAGCCGUGCAGCCUGCAUGCGCUCCAUAAGACGCACACACAUUUCCCCUUACUUUUUAGGAGGGGAAAAGUGCGUCUUAUAGAGCGAAAAAUACGGUAGGUGCAAUUGCUUUUUGUCUGGUGCUCGAAGAGGGAGGGAGAGAGCCAAUUUCUUGGGAAUGCCUGGGCUCUUCCCUGAUCAUGUUACAAGGUGUGUUUCCUGACCCCCACCCCUUGAGUGCUCGACACACAUGUGGCUAUCUCCCACUUGGCAUGUUGAGGGAUAAUGGGAUUGAUGCCCGCAUUCUCCACCAGCAAUCAUCCUCGGGGAUGGCCCUCUGGAUGUGGCUGGACUACAACUCACAUCAUCUUUGACCAUGCUGGCAGCUGAGGUUUGUGGGAGCUGGAAUCCAGCAACACCUGGAGAGCUCCUGAGACCCUUUGCCCUAAGUUGUCAUUCACUCACUGUGACUGCUCACUCCCUGCUCUUGUGGGAGGAAUUGAGGGAGACACCCACUGAUGCACCACCCUCCCCACCUCACCUGGGGCUCGGGGCUUUCAUACUGAGGAGGACCAAUCAGAAUCCCUGCAGGGCUGAGCGUCUAAUUCAUAGUGCUUACCUUGCCCUGUCCUCAAAGCUGCUUGGUCAGUUGAGACUCACAUUACUGGUGCCUGAGCCUACAGUGUGGAUAAUUGAAAGUGAUGGUUUAAACCUUUAAAGCCCGAACUGGUGUCUGGGAUGCCAUUGCCUAAAGGACUGCCUUUGUCGGUGUGAGGUUAUCCAGCGUUCAGCAUCGUCAUCUCAGGCUCAGCUCUCUGGUCUCCCUGUAGUGAGUAGCAGGAGUGGGGCCUUCUCUGCAACAGCAGCUUGAUUGUGGCGUUCCCUCCCUGGGGGAAAAUCACAAGAGUGCGUGCUGUCUGGCUUUUACAAAUUCUUUUCGCUAAGGGGAGAGCUGCUGUAAUCAAGGUUUGUGAUGAAGGAUCCAGGAGCUUAGAGGACCAUGAGGGCUACAAGGCGGGGUCAUGGCAAGGCCUUGGCACUGUGGUUCUUUUUGCCCCAACAAUGAGCUGUGUCCCCAUGGCCUGAGAGUGCUCAAUCUGUUGAUGCAGUGAGCCAAGGCACAGGGUGAGGCUCACUUUAUUUCUCCACCCUGUUGACAGGUCCACGUGGACCAAGAGCUGCUCAUCUACGAAGCUUUUAACCACGGCUCUCAGCUGGGCCAGACCAACCUCAAAGUGCGGUUCAAGAAGGUAAGAGCCACUCUGCCUUCUCCCCAGGCCACUGGAACGCUGCAGUCUCCCUUGCAGGCUUCCCUCUGCACUCGAAGGGAAGGCUUCCCCACUGACCUCCUUCUGCCCUUUGACGCCCUUUCCCUUCCUUCCAAUCAGGUUCCCCAUAACAUUAACUUCCGGGAGAAGAAGCCCAAGCCGUCGAAGAAGAAGCCGGAUGGCAUGGGUGGAGAGGAAUCGGGGGCUGCCAGGGGGCGGGUUGCCCGAUUCCGCUACUUUGAGGAUAUCUAUGGAUACUCGGGGGUGAGUCUCGCGGAGGAGUCACCCUUGGGAGAUUCUCAGGAGAAGCGUUUCUCUUUGGGGAGUUGGGCAAGGGCGUUCUCUUCCCGAGGCUUUGUGGAACCUCUGCCUGCCAGAGCAGGCACUACUGGCCUGGCGCAGGAGAAGGCUGUGCUCACGUGCAGCCCCGGGUCCUGAUUGUGUUUGCAUUUCUUCCCAGGUGUUCAUUUGUGGCCCCUCCCCACACUGGCUGCUGGUAACGUCUCGGGGGGCCCUACGCCUGCACCCCAUGACCAUAGACGGCCCCAUCGAGUCCUUUGCCCCCUUCCACAACGUCAACUGUCCCAAGGGCUUCCUCUACUUCAACCGGCAGGUAGGCCUGGCCUGGCGACAGAAGCUUGGAUGGGAUGCCUGCCUUAUUUCUUUCAUUUGCCUUCUGCCUGCUACGUUUGAGGCAGCUCACUCUGCACCUGAGCUGCUGCUGCCGUGAGAAGAUCUAUCCGCAGGUGAGAACAAGGCCUUGUCUGUGUCCUCUGCUACAGGGGGAGCUGCGCAUCAGCGUCUUGCCUGCCUACCUUUCCUACGACGCACCGUGGCCCGUCCGGAAGAUCCCACUGCGCUGCACCGCGCAUUACGUAUCCUACCACGUGGAGUCCAAGGUAGGGCUGUGUGGAGCGGGACCUUCAGCAGGGCCUUCUUGGUGGUGGGGAAGUGGAGUCCUCCACUGACACAACAAGGCCUUCUGCUCAACUCACCCCCCCAAAUGCCUUAAUGAGUCUGCUCCCUCCGGCAGGUCUACGCGGUGGCUACCAGCAUCAACAACCAUUGCACCAGGAUCCCCCGCAUGACGGGCGAGGAGAAGGAAUUUGAGACCAUCGAGCGAGGUGGGUGGCUCGCAGCUGUUGGAAAACGCCGCCUCCUCUCUGCGGAGGAGAGGUCUUUGACUUGAAGAGUCGGCCCCUUGUGCUGGGCAAGUCUUGAGGUUGGGCUGCGAGAUGGAGGGAGACAGGCUGUGGACUCCUCUCUCUUCCACCACAAAGGGCCACCCAACCCCUUGGUUUGCCCUCCAGAACAAAGCAGUCUGACUUGUUCCGUCUAGAUCACUCUUGCUUUCUCUGGCUGGUGGUCGCUCUCCAGGGUCUCAAGGUGGGGAAAGAAUAAUAAUAACAAUAAUUUAUUAUUUAUACCCUGCCCAUCUGGCUAGGCUUCCCCAGCCACUCUGGGUGGCUUCCAACCAAAUAUUAAAAUACAGUGAUGCAUCAAACAUUAAAAGCUUCGCUAAACAGGGCUGCCUUCAGAUGUCUUCUAAAAGUCAGAUAGUUGUUUAUUUCCUUGACAUCUGAUGGGAGGGUGUUCCACAGGGCGGGUGCCACCACCGAGAAGGCCUUCUGCCUGAUUCCCUGUAACUUGGCUUCUCGCAGUGAGGGAACCGGCAGAAGACCCUCGGUGCUGUCUGGGUAGAAUGAUGGAGGUGGAGACACUCCUUCAGAUAUACUGGACCGAGGCCAUUUAGGGCUUUCAAGGUCAGCACCAACACUUUGAACUGUGCUCGGAAACAUACUGGUCUUCCACAUCCCCUGGUGCCUGAUAUUUGACUGGAGAUGCUGGAGGCCUGGGCAGCCGAAGCAGGUGUGCCCUCUCCGUGAUGAGCCAUGGCCCCUUGUGCCCCCCUCCUCUGCCCAGCUGGGUCUGAUGGUGAUGCCAGCUGCAUACCUAUUUCUCCCUUUGUCUCUCUCUCUCUCUCUCUGAUCCCCACCUCCAGAUGAUCGCUACAUGCACCCGCUGCAGGAGGCCUUUUCCAUCCAGCUGAUCUCUCCAGUCAGCUGGGAGACGAUUCCAAAUACCAGGUGAGGAGGGUGCUCAGCCCUUGGGCUUGUGGCAGCAGGAGCCCAAGAAAGCUCCUUCCCAGGCAGCGGCAGGUGGGGAAGAUCUGGUGCCUGGUUGGGUUCCAGGUGGGGAAUAUCAGGAGAGCCUGGCGGUUGCUGCUGGAUCAGAGCAAAGGGCCACCUGGUCCAGCCUCCGUUUGCCUUCAGGGGCCAUUCUGAUGCAUCCUAGAAGCAGCGCUGGAAAGAUUUAGUUCAGUGGUCUCCAAGGUUUUUGGGCCUCUGUCCACUUAGUUCCCCAGUGCUCCCUACCCUACAAAAAGCAUUAUUCAGAACAGCAGCUUGCAUAACCCACUAAGGAAGAGAAAAACACCUUGGGUGCUUUAUUCAGUCUUGGGGAAGGGGAAGAGGCUGCCUUCUCUUGGUGCAGAGCCUGCACUCACUCUACGUGGGGCUGGCCUUAAGACUGACCCAGAAACUCCAGCGGGUGCAGAAUGCCGUGGUGAGGCUCCUUAUGGGGUCCUUGCCGCGGGAUCACAUUCACCCAGUGCUAUACCAGCUGCACUGGCUCCUGGUGGAGUACAGGAUCAGGUUCAAGGUGCUGGUUUUAACCUUUAAAGCCCUAUGUGACCUAGGACCCUCGUACCUACGGGACCGGCUCUCCUGGUAUGUCCCACAGAGGACCUUACGGUCUUCAAACAAAAACAUCUUGGAGGUCCCGGGCCACAGGGAGGUUAGGCUAACCUCAACCAGAGCCAGGGCUUUUUCGGCUGUGGCCCCGAUCUGGUGGAACGCUUUGUCACAAGAGACUAGGGCCCUGCGGGACUUGACAUCUUUCCAGGCCUUUGGCCAAGGCACAACCUGACCCCCUUCUUUGGUCAUCCUCACAGAACUCUUGCCCAAUGGUUGCCAUGAAUUUGCUUUUGAAUUGAUUUUAGAAUGUUGUAUUACUUUUAUUGUUGUUAGCCGCUCUGAGCCCAGCUUCAGCUUGGGAGGGCGGGAUAUAAAUUAAAAAUUAUUAUUAUUAUUAUGGCACCCAGAAAGCAGCUUGGCCUGGCUCCCCCUCCAACCUCUCCUGCCCCUUUUCAAUCUGCAGGAUCGACCUGGAGGAGUGGGAGCACGUGACCUGCAUGAAGACGGUGUCCCUCAAGAGUGAGGAGACCGUCUCUGGCCUGAAGGGCUACAUCGCCGUGGGGACCUGCCUCAUGCAGGGUGAGGAGGUGACCUGCAGGGGCCGGGUGAGUCAGACAACGCUGGGCGCUUGAGCAGGAAGGCAACACAGCCGGGGGCUUCUUCUGCACAGUUCCACCCAUCCUUCUCCCACAGUUCCUGCCUGCUGCCUUCACAGGCCCAGUCCUUGGUCCAGAUUUCCCCAGUUUGGACACGCUGGACUCAUUCAUCCAUCUGGCGAACUGCGUGUUUUGCUGGCAGCCUCUCCCAAUUUGGGCUGAGUGGUGGCAUCAGGAUCCAAGGAACAAAAUUGCAGAAUUGUAGAGUUGGAAGGGACCCUGAGGGUCAUCUAGUCCAACCCCCUGCAAUGCAGGAAUCUCAGCUAAAGCAUCCAUGACGGAUGGACACCCAACCUCUGCUUAAAAACCUCCAAGGAAGGAGAGUCCACAACCUCCCAAGGGAGACUGUUACAUUAUCAGACAGCUCUUACCAUCAGAAAGUUCUUCCUUGUGUUUAGUCAGAACCUUUCUUGUAACUUGAAUCCAUUGGUUCAAGUCUUACCCUCCAGAGCAGAAGAAAACAAGCUUGCUCCCUCUUCCAUGUGACAACCCUUAAUAUAUUUGAAGAUGGCUAUCGUAUCUCCUCUCUGACUCCUCUUUUCCAGAAUAAUUAUACCCAGCUCCUUCGACUGUUCCUCAUAAGGCUUGGCUUCUAGAUCCUUGAUAAUCUUGGCUGCCCUCUGCACACGUUCUAGCUUGUCAACAUCCUUCUUAAAUUGCAGUGCCCAGAACUGGACACAAUAUUCUAGGUGUGGUAGGACCAAGGCAGGACUACGAUUACUUCUGUUGAUGCAGCUUAGAAUAGCAUUUGCUUUUUUGCUGCAGCCUUAUGAACUGGGGCUAGAAACCCCUGUUUGUACCUCCAAGCUUUUCCCCUGUGCUCUGAAGAGGGUCUUGUAUGUGUUCUGGGUUCUACAGCGGGUGCAUGGAGAAGUGAGGCAAAGACCUGAAGGCUCAAAAGCGGAAGUUACAACUCCUUAGUUGUGAACAGGCAAAGUUCUGCUCUGUGCCAGCUAAUCAAAAAAGUGAAUUAUAGUAAUAAUCCAAACUGCCCUGGUUAUGUAGGAUGACUCUCCCUUCCUUGCUCCCCUGCCCUCAGAUCUUGAUCAUGGACAUCAUCGAAGUGGUUCCAGAGCCUGGGCAGCCCCUCACCAAGAACAAGUUCAAGGUGCUGUAUGAGAAGGAGCAGAAGGGGCCCGUUACUGCUCUCUGCCACUGCAACGGCUACCUGGUGUCGGCCAUUGGCCAGAAGGUGAGCAGGGCCUGGAAGAGGCAGGUGGGAUGCCGCUCUCGGGGGCUUAUUCAGUGUAGAAUGUGGAUUCGUUGCUCCUAAACGCUCUGCAGCCAUUCUUGGGGUGGAAGCUUCUGUCACCCUUUCAGUGUAGGUUAUUCUGACGUACGUAGGCGGUUAUGAUUAUGCCGUCAGGGAGCUGCAAUAAUUCCUGUUAAUUCAUAAUAUUGUGUGUGUGAGUUUGUGUGCACGAUGUUGGCAUGGGAAGUUGGGAAGUUACAGAAGGUAGUUUGAGCACCUCGAGUUGAAACAGGAUAGUAACCCCCAGGCUGCAAGGAGAUGGUUCUGUGACAUGGACUUUAUUUAUAGAAUGUAGACUUGGGGGUGUCUGGAAAGGAGACCUCUUCUUCCAUUACAGUGGUAUCUCAGGUUAAGAACUUAAUUUGUUCCAGAGGUCCGUUCUUAACCUGAAACGGUUCUCUUAACCUGAGGCGUGCUUUCGCUAAUGGGGCCUCGUGCUGCCGCUGUGCUGCUGGCGUGCGAUUUCCGUUCAUAUCCUGGGGCAAAGUUCUUAACCUGGAGCAACCACUUCCUGGUUAGUGGAGUUUGUAACCCAAAGUGUCUGUAACCUGAAGCAUCUGUAACCCGAGGUACCACUGUACUGCUUUUAUGUAAAAGCUUUCUGUAUCGCUUUUCAGAGAGUUUUCCAAGGUGUGCUUUACAGAAUGAAGAUAAAGCGCAAAUCAAAAGGGGUGGUUAGAGUGCAGAAGUGCCUUGCAGGGCUGGUAAGGUGAGCCUUCUGUGAUUUAGAGAAGGAAUUGCUGAAAAACAGAACUUGAGGCAUCAGCAACAUGGUACAAUGGAAAGAUGGGGAGAAGAACCAACCCAGACCCUGUGAUCAUCAUCUUGUGUUUUUGUCUGCUACUGUGUUGUGCAUUUUUGAGUUUUUAUAUUGCAAACUGCCCUGUGAUCCUUGGAUGAAGGGCGGUAUAGAAAUUAAGUAAUAAUUUCCCAAAUAAUUCCCAAAUAAAUGGGAAGUGAGAGAUGAGGUGGGGAGAAGGGGCUUCCUGUCCCCUUGCCCCCUGCCUGGGCUGAGCCCUGGUCUCCCUCCCUCCUGCAGAUCUUCCUGUGGCGCUUGAAGGACAAUGACCUGACGGGCAUGGCCUUCAUCGACACGCAGCUCUAUAUCCACCAGAUGAUCAGCGUCAAGAACUUCAUCCUGGCAGCUGACCUCAUGAAGAGCAUCUCGCUGCUCCGCUACCAGGAGGAGAGCAAGACUCUCUCCCUCGUCAGCCGGGUAUGGGGCGUGGACCCUUUCCUAGAGGGUUGGCAGGGUGGGGCCUGCUUGAGCCUUGCCCCACCUGGCUGACUUCUCCUCCUCUCUCGCCUCCAGGACGCCAAACCCCUGGAAGUUUACAGUGUGGACUUCAUGGUGGACAACGCUCAGCUGGGAUUUCUCGGUGAGCAGCCUGAGCGUGGCGUUGGGGGAGCCCUUUCAGGAGGGUUCAGUCCAGCAGCCUUGGCUGUGCCCCAGGAUGAUGGUGUUGGGGGCUGGGGAAGACUCAGACCCAUGCCUGGGCUUCACAAGGUGGCGCCCCAUCUGUGUUUUGAACAACACAAGCCCUUUUCUCUGCAUUUGGAACAAGCCAAAAUACAGAAUUAUAGAAUUGGAAGGGUCUGUUUAGUCCAGUUCUCUGCAAUGCAGGAAUCACAGCCAAAAUGACCAUCCCGUCUCUGUUUAAAAGCCCCCAAGCAAGGGGCAGCUGUGUUUCUGGCACGGUCAGGCUACGUCAUUGAUCUGUUUUACUCUAUUUUGCAGUGUCUGACAGGGACCGGAACCUCCUUGUUUACAUGUAUCUGCCAGAAGGUGAGAUCAAAGUGUGUCUUCUUUUUUUUGUUCUGGGGAGAUUGGAUCUGACCCUCUUCCUGUUUCCCAUCACUCACGUGACUCCCAGGCUCGGGGAACAAGAAUCUUGGCGCUUCCUCAACAGGAAGGAGUGCUGGGGCUUUUGGAAAGAGAUGUUUGGGCCGGGUGGGCUUUCUCUGGAUCUCCGGCUCAAGCCCCUACGUUGUCCCACACACCGCAUGGCCUCUGAGCCGCCUUCAACAGUCUGGUGCCCUUCAGCCACGCCUCUGCUGGGGCUGACGGGAGUUGUAGUUCAGCAGCACCCAGAGGGCGAAGGCUCAUUGUCUCCCUCCUUCCCUCCCAACCACCUCUUUGCUUUUCUCUCCAGCAAAGGAAAGCUUUGGGGGUAUGCGCCUCCUCCGCAGGGCCGAUUUCCACGUGGGAGCCCACGUCAACGCCUUCUGGAGGACCCCGUGCCGCGGGGCUAUGGAGGGGCCCACCAAGAAAUCCAUUGCGUGGGAGAACAAGCACAUCACCUGGUUUGGUAAGGGGGCCUCUGAAGAAGACACCCGGGGAGUCAUCUCGGCCAGAGUCUAAGGGAACUGAGCCUGCAGCCUCUUUGCGUUUCAGGUUUAGAAUUUCAAAUUCUAAGAUUUUAAAAUCUGGGAAGAUUUUGUUGGAAAAUCCAGAAUUCUGUUUUUGAGUGUUGGCAACUGAAUAUAAAGAAGGAAAGGACCUUACAUUUGUGUGAAGACAGCUCAAUUUUAUGCCUUGGGAAUGAGUUUGAAAUUACCUACCCUUGUGAUAUUUUGAGUUUCCCAUUCAAGAGCUUGCUGGCUACAUUUGCACUUAAUGCCAAGCCAUGGUUUCUUCAGCGAGGCACAAGUCAUCACACGGACAAACAAAGCAGCCAUGGCUUGUUUCUCCAGAGCUUGGUUUCCUCCCCCAGCUGUUCUCUCCAUGUUCCUCUGUAGCUCAGCAAGCAGCUGGGCUGGGCUGCCCGAACGAUGAUUUUAAGCAAAAGCAAGGCUGUGGGCUUCAGAAAUAAUGCCAACCAGUAGUUAAAACAAGCCAAGGUUGAGAAGCCAGAGACAGUCAAUCAUGGCCUCACAUGGUGGUUUGUUGCUGGAACAGAAACCAUGGUUAGUCUCCUGGGCUGAGGUGUUUAACAAACCACGGUUUGGCGUUACGUGCAAACCAUGGUGUACUUAUGUGAGAGGGGAGAUCCAGGUGGCUAAAUGUGUCCAUGGUCUCUGAGCCAAAGGCACUCGCUUGAGCCUUGACUCUGAAGGGGGGGGUGUGGUGUUUCUUCCCCCCUCCAGCCACGCUUGACGGAGGGAUCGGGCUGCUGCUGCCCAUGCAAGAGAAGACCUACCGGCGCCUGCUGAUGCUUCAGAACGCCCUGACCACGAUGCUGCCCCACCACGCCGGCCUCAACCCGCGUGCCUUCAGGUAGCUUGUUCCUGGGGCCCUGCCUCUUCAAGUCCCUCUACCCCUGCUUGACCCCCUCUGUGUGCCCCUUGAGGAGCAGCGCUGUUGGAGGGCAGGAAAGAGCCACCCACAGUCUCAUCUAUGUGCCUAUGUUUGGUGGGAGGGGAGUCUGGCUCUGCAAUCCCCUUCUGCACAUACUGCUGUCUUCAGAGCGCCAUGGGCCACUAUGCCACCUGUGCCUUCCACACCUGCAAGCAGAAUCUGCCCGUAGGAGGACUGAUGGGAUAUAGGCCUCACAGGGAGAGCGCGAGACUGUUUCAGAGCUGAUGAUGGGUGACUUGGCUGGGGAGCAGAAGACCUUGUCUGUCCACAUGUGGGAUAAGCAGGCUGGCUGCCAAGUUCACCCCUGAGUUAUGGGUCACACAUAAGAUCAGAUUAGCAUACAGCUGAAGGCAGCCCUGUUUAGGGAAGUUUUUAAUAUUUAUUGCUGUAUUGUUUUUAACACUCGAUUGGAAGCCGCCCAGAGUGGCUGGGGAAACUCAGCCAGAUGGGCAGGGUAUAAAUAAAUUAUUAUUAUUAUUAUUAUUAUUAUUAUUAAUUACUAUUACUGGAUGUUAAAGGCAGGGGUCGGCAAGGUUUACCUCGCCUGGGCUGGUUCACUCCAGUGGAGAUCCCUCCGUGGGCUGGAUUGCGCACGCACCUGCAAUUUCUGGCGUCUGCACAGAUGUGAUUUCCGGCACCAUGGAAGCAAGUCCCCGCACUGCGCCAGUUUAGUGCAGCGCACAGGGACUUGCCGAGCAGGCGGCUCGAUUUGGGGGCAGCUCGUGGGCCGGUUAAAUGACCCCCAUGGGCCUUAGGUUGCCGACCCCUGGUUAAAGGAUUACAAACCCCUUCACCAUUCCUGCUGCCUGCUGGAGCUGGAGUGGUUGAAUGAGGCAGGGACCCCAGCACUCCUCUCACGACGUUCCUCCUGCCCCUCCUUAGGAUGCUGCACAUGGACCGGCGCAUCUUGCAGAACGCCGUGCGCAACGUCUUGGACGGGGAGCUGCUCAACCGCUACCUUUACCUGAGCACCAUGGAGCGCAGCGAGCUGGCCAAGAAAAUCGGCACCACACCGGACAUCGUGAGUGGGGUGGAGGGAAGAGCCAGGAAGGCAGGGGUCACCUCCACUGGCAGGAGCUGCUUCCAGCUCCAGAGCAGACAAGGAACGCAAAUAGCCUGACACAGUGCGCAUUGUGUGCCUGCUGCACUGUGAGAAAACCAGCCUCUGUCUCAAGGGAUUUCUGGCCCCGUUCCUUGCAAAACUGCUUGGGUGGCAGCUCAAGCCAAGUGGCCUUGAGAGCAGCCUUUGCAGGAAAUAAGGAACGAAAGGAACUAAAUCCUUUAGUUUUUAUCAGGAGCAUAAAUCACUUAUGUUGAGCUGGAUUUGUAGCUGUUGUUAUUGUAAUGCUUGGGCCUCUUCCCCUCCCAGGUGGCUCUUGUGGCCUGUCAAGGUUGGCUAAGGCCGUGGUUCCCAAUUAGCUAAUGACUGAGGACCCCAGACCUCCUACUUUUGAAAAUUUUGAUAACUCUAUGGUAGUUGCCUGUGCAAAGCCAGACGGCAGCAGGGUGGGGGCUCUGUGAAACUGCUCUACUGCGCAGUUUCCACUCCCCUUGGUCGAGCAGUUAACGGAGCCCCCAGCUUGCUGCUGGCUUGUGCUGGUGAUGGUGGGGGGCUCCAUUAAAGUGCUCCUCCCCCCAGCUGUAGGGAGCCCCAAUGCUUCUCCUGCUCAUAUGCAAACCAGAGAAGCAUUGGGCUCCUUCAGCUGGGGGGCAGGCUGCCUUCUGAGACACUGGAGCUGUUCAGCUGGGGAACGGGAGGCCUCUUCCACACACCCCCACCCCGCUGAGCAGUUCUGCGAAGGGUCAAUACUCCUCGGCUUGCCCUUUAGCCUGAGAGACAUCCGGAUCCGCUCCCCGUGUGGGGCUGGGCCAUGUAUCUUGGAAGAAGCACCCAAGACAAAUUCCAGUCAUAUAUCACCAUAUACUGGUAUUUAGCUGCUGAUGGAUCACAGUGUUAAUCAGAGGGCGGGCUGUUGUGCUUAUCCUAGUGGCAAUUUGCUUACCUGUUUCCCCUGUUGGACUUCCAAGAUGAACCAUGAACCCCCAAACCUAUCAGGCAAGAUUCACUGAAAACCCAAUUCCAAGCAGUGGGAGACUCCUCAAAACCUGAUAGUUGUUGAAAGCAAUUAGAAGUUCUUUUCAGUUAAAAAGUAAGGAACAAGGCGAAGGGAUCCCUUACAUUAAAAUAAUAAUAAUAAUAAUAACAACAACAAUUAAUAAUAAUAAUUAAGAAUAAUAAUAAUAAUAAUAAUGUGGACCCUGCCCAUGGAGCAACCCAUUUGCAUUCUCUCUCUCUCUCCCCAGCCAUCCAGUUGCAAGAGUCCUAAGAAACUUGUGUUAGAAGUUUGUGCCCAAUCCCAGCUCACUUGCUAUCCAGCAAUUAUUACCCAGUUUUCCCCCUUCCAGCAAGCAAGCACUAGUCACGAGCAGAGGCUGGGUGAUCCGUGGAUCACUAUUGUGGCUUUCACUGUGAAAUUAACAAGAUAAGUGAGUCCCUGGCAAGAGAUGGUGCCACCGAUCCCCAGACCCCUAAUUGGGAACCCCUGGGCUAAGGGAUUUGCGCCAUAACAGAAGAGCGUCUUUCAAAGGGAAGUUCCUUGCAAGGGAGAAAUUUCCCUCCUGGGCAAUUCCUAAUGACCCUCUUUCCCCACUUCUGUCUACAGAUCCUGGAAGAUCUGCUGGAGAUCGAUCGCGUCACAGCUCAUUUCUAAGGAUUCCCCUUCCCCGCAACUGCGCCCCUUGAUUUGGCUGCAGGGGGCGGCCCAGCCUCCCUGUCUGCCCCCCCCAUUGGAACCCCAAUGUUUGUAAUGUCUUCCUGGCUGGGCUACAGGACUCUUUCUCAGUUAUGUGUUUUUAUAAAACUGGCAAGGAUUUGUAAAGAAAUG